AUGGCACAGUUUGUUCUAGUCAAUGUGGUUGUGGCGGUUCUAAUGAAACACCUAGAAGAAUCACACAAACAAAUGGAAGAUGAAAUGGACAUGGAUGUCGAACUUGAAAGAGAAUUGGAACGGGAGGCCGAUGAUGAAGAAGAUCGCGCUUUAUGUCGAGCUUUAGAAGAAUGCAUAUCACCGCCAAGACCGUUAAAUAAAGUACCGUCCCUACCAGCAAAUUUCACCUAUAGUGAGCCUAAACAACAACCAAUACCUUCCCCAAUAAGACGUCGGCGUACUUUGCACUCACACCAUGCGCUUUUACCAACUCCUUUAGCAGUGCCAAAAAGGAGGGCUUCUUUAUCGCCACAUGCGUUUGGGCGACGUCGUCAGGAAUCUACAUCGGACACGCGGGCGGUGUUAUACGAAGAAGACGCUCGCUUUAUUGAUGCAGAUGAUAUCGAAGAAUUAGAACCAGGAAGUCCACCUAGGCGGGAUUCCUUCGCGAACAAUCGAAGACAACGAUCAGACAAAAGAAACUCCUUAAGAGGUGAAGAGGCAAGAUUGUUAAGACCGACACCAGUUUUACUGGCCGUACCUUCAACGCGGCAAAGUCUAAGGCUCACAGGAUCCAAGAAAAGGUUAUCAAUAGAGUCUAGUGCUAAUAGUGAAGUAAGCCAUAGUUCAGUAAAAUGUCACUUAACUCCAGAAGCAGUAGAUAAACCGAUAAGCGAGGAAGAAAGCAUAAGAAUUGUUAUUGCGGAGCGGCGUAAAAUAGACACAGCAAGACCAGAAACGGAUGUGGAAGUGGAAUUGACGGAAUGUAUCUCC